ACUAUAAAUACUUCAAUCCUUCCAUUUUUUCUAUUUUCUCUCUCUCUUCCUCAAGAAAUCAAACAACAGAAAUCCCACCAAAAAAAACAAGGCUCAUUUUUCUCCAAAAAUCCCAACAAUUAUUUUCCCAAAAUUCUGUCUAAAAGUUAAUCCAUUCUGCAAAGAUUAAUCACGAAAUUUACAAAAAUGUCUGAGAAAUUUGAUGAAGCUUCAGAAAUUCAUGUUCUAGUUGUAGAUGAUAGCAUUGUAGACAGGAAGCUUGCUGAAAGACUCCUACAGAGUUGUUCUUGCAAAGUGACAGUGAUGGAAACUGCGAAAAAGGCAUUACAGUUUCUUGGUUUGGAUGAAGAGAACAGUUCAGCUGGGUGUACUACUGGUUUGAAGGUGCAUUUGAUUUUCUCUGAUUAUUCCAUGCCUGAAGUUACUGGAUAUGAUCUGCUGAAAAAGAUUAAGCAGGAAUCAUCAACAUUUAAGGAUGUCCCUGUGGUGAUAAUGUCUUCUGAGGACAUCCCUACUCGAAUCACUAGAUGCUUGGAGAUGGGAGCAAAAGAAUAUUUACUAAAACCUGUGAAACUGUCAGAUGUGAAGCGCAUAAUAGAAUCCAUCAGGAGUUCUGGUGAUUCAAAUGAAGUUAAGGAAAGUGCUAUUAACCAAAGAUUUCUACUGGGAAAAGAUCUGUGUUCAUCACCAAAAUCAUGGCCACCAAGGUGCGUGUGCAGAACAAGGCCUCUCAUGUUUCGUAACAGAAGCUCAGAGUAUCCUUCAGAGUUGUCGCAGCACUAACCAGUCAUUCUCUG